UAGACCUCGAAAAAGGAAAAAAUCUGUCAGUGCCAAUGGCUGACUGCAGUUGUAGUUUCGUUAAAGAUUAGUAAAAUUGAUUUAAAUCAGUUAUUAAUUGCGAGGUCUUUAUUUAGUUACUGUGCACCGCCGGCAGCGGCAAGAUCAAGGGUUUUUGAGAUUUUGAAAUGUUCGCCAUGCGCCUAAAAUUAAGCUCGAUUAGAAACAACGAGUGGAGAUGCUGUUUCUGCCUCCAUGUCCGAACGGCAACGAUUAUCUUUGGAAUAUGGCAUUUGAUAUUGCACGUCCUGGCUCUAACUGUGCUAGCGCUGAUAAUGCGCAACCACCACAUUAUCAUCCAGAAACACGAUGAGUUCACGCAGAACGAUUUUCUGCCCACCCCUUUGAGCAAAAUCAAAGACGACGAUAACCCUUACUAUCUGCCCACUACGCAGGAUGGACGAACCAUUUAUUCCUCGGACAUCGAUAUGGGCGCCCUCAUGACGGUUUGCACCCUUUCCAUCACCCUCUUGAUGGUGUACGGCACGAUUAAAGGAAAAGCCACCCAACUGCUGCCUUUCUUUUGCCUACAGCUGUUCGAUUUCGCCAUAACCACACUCACCGCUACUGGCUACUUCUGUUACUUGCGAUCCGUCCACCGUCUCGUAGCGGAACACUGGAAUCUCCCGUUCCGCCACGCGUUGCUCCAACUCAGCCCCCAAGUUCUAUCGCUCAUCGUCCUCACCGCAUUUCUAGUCUCCAUGCUGUGGAAGGCCUACUGGAUCAGCGUCAUCUGGCGUUGCUACAAGUACUUAACGCUCCGCCAGCAAACGAUGAGGAACACAAUCCACUACAUCCUACCGGAGGGUUCAGACCGCGCCAACGAUUCCGACUACCCCUCUCUCUUCCGCGACCACGAGGCCGCCUUCGGAAGCGCCAUGAAGCAGACCCCUCCGCCAUCCUACCAGGACAUAAUGGAAGACCAGCCGCCGCCGUACCCCGCCAGCCUGCAAGCCGAGCAAGAGACACCCUAUCGCUGGAGACUCCUCGCUUUCUAUCCCGGCGGCAGUCAAUCUGAGGUUCAAUCGACCAGCGCUGCGAUCGUCAACGAAGAAGGAACGUCUGCCCCAUCCACUUNUUUAGUCAAACAUUUGAAAUCACUAGAUGAUAAAACGCCAACACAAUAA